AUGACUAGAAAGACAAACCCACUAUAUAUAUCAACGAAAGAUGCUUUACAACAUAUCAUUCACAGAUAUGACAAUUUUCUAUUCGAUUGUGAUGGAGUCGUAUGGUUGGGCGAAACAUUAAUCCCUGGAGCUGCUGACUUCAUUCAAUUACUAGUUGACAACAAUAAAAAGUUUGCAUUCGUUACGAAUAACUCUUCCAAUUCACGUAAUACGUAUUUACGAAAAUUUGCCAAAUUAGGUAUUCCCAACAUCACGAAAGAUAUGCUAUACCCUACUUGUUACUCGGCGGCAUUGGAAGUACGAGAUCAGUUGAAGAUUCCAAUAGGGUCCAAAAUAUGGAUUUUGGGAGACCAUGGGAUCGAAGAGGAGUUGCAAGAGAUGGGGUAUGUCACAUUAGGGUGUAACGAUCCCAAAUUGAAUUAUUUGGACAUAGAUAGCUCUAUUUUGGAAGUUGACCCAGAAGUUAAGGCCAUAGUCGUUGGAUCCACCAAGGAGUUCAAUUACAUGAGAAUUUCUCUGACUUUACAAUACUUGCUACACAACAACAAGAGUAUUCCUUUUGUUGGAUGCAACAUUGAUCGUACUUAUCCCGGACCCCAUGGGUUGAUUUUGCCUGCUGGUGGUAGUGUGGUUAAUUACAUGGCAUAUACAGCUGAUCGAGAUUUUAUCAAUGUAGGUAAACCAAGUACUCAAUUCUUGAACAUAAUACUAGAAGAUAAACAGUUUGAUAGAGGCAGAACUUUGAUGAUUGGGGAUACUUUAUACACCGAUAUCAAGUUUGGUAAUGAUGGAAAUUUGGGUGAAGGACGUGGUAGUUUAUUGGUGCUUUCUGGUGGUACUAAGUCAAAUGAUUUACAAAACUUGAUUGAUAGCGCAAGUGGCAGUGGUCAAGAGGAUUUAGUACCGCUGUAUUUCGUUGAAUCUAUAGGUCAUUUAGCUCAGUUGAUGAAAUCAUAG